AUGCUUAAGGAAGAUUAUGGUUACCCAGAUACUCUUGACUUUAGUGACAGAUAUAAAGAAGCUAUUAGAAAGUUCAAGGAAGGAAAUACUGACCCGAACCUAUUUAGCUUUAUGGUUCAGCACCAAAUGGGAUAUAAUUUCAAACCUGGAAAAUACAAGCUCGCUAAGGGAUAUGAUUUAAUAGCAUAUCAUCCAAAUGACAUGAAUGAAUUUACUCCGAGAUAUUUGGUGUCAGAGAUAAAUGAUAAUUCAACUAUCUUCAUGAAACGCGUAAAAAAUAGAGACGGAACGAAAGAAGAAAGGUUUAUGAGUCCGGAUGACUUAGAUAAGGAACUUUUUAAAAACGGUCUCGGAAUAUAUGAAAUGCCACCAGAUGAGGUACAAGAAACUCCACAGGAAGAAGUUCAGAUACAACCAGACAUGGAAGAAAUAGUUCAGCAACAACAGCUAGAAGAGCCUGAAGGAAACGAACAAAUCCCUCCUUUGGAAACUAACUUCACAGAACUAGAUGAAGAUUUGGAACAGCCGAAAAAUCUUGACCCUCAACAAGUGUAUGCGGAGAAUAUGGAAUCUGUCCAAGAGUCUAAGAAAAAUUCGGCUGACAUGGUAGAAGAAUAUCGAAAAAUGUUCGCCGACAUACAAAAGACUCCAACAUCAGAUGAAAAUAUUCAGCAUAGAAUGGAAGUACUGAAAGAAAAUGUACACAAAUACAAUAAUCCUUUUUACUUACGAGCAUAUAACGUUCAAUCUUUGGAUGAACUCGGUGAAAAUAAAAGGUUAAAUUUCAACAAAACAUAUAGAAAUGAAACAUUGUUUAAA